ACGUUGCUUGUUUUCUGAGAAAGCGCAGAGAGUGCUCGCCGAUGGCUUCCUCCGUUACCGCCGCCCUAACCCUCAUUCGAUCGCCGGCCAUGACGACGAACUUCCCUUCCAUUCUCCCGAUCUCCUCCUCCGUAUCCUUAUCCACCUCCCGUCCCCCUUCUCCCUUCCUCGGUCUCCGAGUCGCCGGCGCCCGCGAGGCUACGAUAUCCGACCUCGGACGGAAGAGCCAUGGUCAGGGGUUACUGGUCGUCGCUUCGGCCUCUUCCCGUCCCUUUGUUCUUGUGGCCGAGAAGCUCGGAGAGGCGGGGCUCUCCCUGCUCCGCGAUUUCGCCGAAGUGGACUGCUCGUACAAUCUCUCUCCCGAAGAGCUCCGCGCCAAGGUGGCGCAGAGUGACGCGCUGAUCGUGCGGAGCGGGACGAAGGUGACGCGCGAGGUGUUCCAGGCCUCGAAGGGGCGGCUCAAGGUGGUCGGUCGGGCGGGCGUCGGGAUCGACAAUGUCGACCUCCAGGCCGCCACGGAGAACGGGUGUCUAGUCGUCAAUGCGCCCACCGCGAACACCAUCGCCGCCGCGGAGCACGGGAUCGCGCUGCUUUCUGGCAUGGCGAGGAACAUUGCGCAGGCUGACGCCUCCAUGAAAGCUGGUAAAUGGCUGCGCAACAAGUAUGUUGGUACUUCUCUUGUUGGAAAGACACUUGCAGUUCUUGGUUUUGGGAAAGUUGGAUCUGAAGUUGCUAGACGUGCCAAAGGAUUAGGAAUGCAUGUGAUUGCUCAUGAUCCAUAUACUCCUGCUGAAAAAGCUCAUGCCCUCGGGGUAGAGCUUGUGCCAUUUGAUAAAGCCAUAUCUGUUGCCGACUUCAUAUCACUCCACAUGCCACUGACUCCUACCACUGCCAAGGUUUUGAAUGAUGAAACAUUUGCAAAGAUGAAAAAAGGCGUGAGAAUCAUUAAUGUUGCCAGGGGUGGAGUCAUUGAUGAAGACGCUUUGGUUAGGGCUCUUGAUAACGGGACUGUUGCUCAGGCAGCACUUGAUGUAUUUACUGCAGAGCCUCCACCAAAAGACAGCAAAUUGGUGUUGCAUGAGAAUGUUACUGUGACACCUCACUUAGGAGCUAGCACAGUAGAAGCUCAGGAAGGUGUAGCUGUAGAAGUAGCUGAGGCUGUUAUAGGAGCAUUGAAAGGUGAACUCGCUGCUACUGCAGUGAAUGCUCCUAUGGUUCCCUCCGAGGUUAUUUCUGAACUCGCACCAUAUGUGAUUCUGGCAGAGAGGUUGGGCAGGCUAAUCGUCCAACUAGUGGCAGGUCAAAGUGGGAUUAAGGGGGUCAAGGUUGUAUACAGAUCUGCUCGAAAUCCCGAUGACUUGGACACCCGCAUCCUUCGUGCAAUGAUCACAAAAGGGAUUAUUGAACCCAUAUCCAGCUUGUUUGUCAACAUUGUGAAUGCAGAUUAUACCGCCAAGCAAAGAGGUCUCCGCAUCAGCGAGGAGAGAGUUUUCGUCGACAGCUGCACCGAGACCCCUUUGGACUCGAUCCAAAUUCACCUGACCAAUGUGGGUUCCAAAUUUGCCAGUGCACUAUCGGACUCCGGUGAUAUAACAUUGGCAGGAAGGGUGAAAGAUGGCGUGCCACAUCUCACCCUUGUGGGAAGUUUCAGCAUCGAUGUAAGCCUGGAAGGAAAUGUGAUCCUCUGCAGAAAUGUGGAUCAACCUGGUAAUAUCGGAAAAGUUGGCAAAAUUCUCGGGGAGGAGAAUGUGAACAUCAACUUCAUGAGCGUUGGCCGGACUGCACCGAAAGAGCUAGCUAUAAUGGCAAUAGGAGUGGAUGAGGAGCCCGGUAAGGGAACCCUCAAGAAAAUAGGAGAGAUCCAGGCUAUCGAAGAGUUUGUGUUCCUAAAGAUAUAAAAGGGUACUUCUAUAUUUUGAGUAAUGUUCCAGCUAUCAAUGAGUUUUGAUUGAUCAGGUAUCAAUAAGUUCCUGGCUAAGGUUUCUGUCAAGUGCCAUGAAUUUGAGGUCUUUGCUUCGCCUCGAAGUUUUUAGGUCCAUACAAAGAAAACAAUACUCUCUCAGUUGGUUAGUGCCUUUGUAGAUUAAGAUUAAUGCAUUAAUUUGUUUUCCAAGUUAUGUACUGAUAACUGAUUAAUGGAUCAUUCUUUUGAUUGACUGGUUCAAUCAUCAAGAUCUGUUUUAUUUGGUGUUUUGAA